AUGCCUGGCAUCGUGCGAGCAACCGUUCGCUACAACGUUCCAGACCUCUCUGUUCCUCCAGAGGACCGCGGACUCUUUUCUGGACCGGCACACAAGUACGGAGAGGACGUUGAGGUCGACUUGUACGAUCCUGCCACUGUACCAGAGAUCGUCCAGGGCCCAGAAGGUCUAGACAUACAGGGGUUCACAUACGUGAAACAUAGAUCUGCUCUCAACACAGAUGAGUGGUUGAUGGGCAGCAACGUUGAGGACAUCUACGUCCCCGAGAUUCAAGACCUGGUUCGUCAAGUCACUGGUGCCAGGAACGUCAUUGUCAACCAUCUGGGCAUCCGAAAGCGUUUGACGGCCAAUAAUAACGACCCAACGUUCUAUCGCAAGAAGGGCGACAAGCAUGACGAUGCAGUGAAAAAGCUCACUGAACAAGACCGACCGUGGGUCAACGGUAGGCAAGACGCAGGUCUUGAGCCAGCGCGCUUCGCACACUGUGAUUACACCUUGCAGGGUCUAAAGCGUACCGCGAGACAUUGCCGCAGAGACAUUGCUGCAGCUGCUCAAGAAGCACUUGAUGCUGAAGACAAGCAGACAGUACCCAAACGCUAUGCGGCGUAUUCUGUCUGGCGUCCGAUCAAACCGGUUGAACGGGAUCCUUUGGCAGUAGCUGACUGGCGUACGACAAGUGCGGAAACCCUGGUACCCAUUGAGUAUCGAGCCACCAGUAAUGUUUUGGAGAGCGGCGAGUACAUGCUUGAGCAGGUCACGCAGUCUCCGAAAGCCAAAGACUCAGGUCAGAAGUGGUACUGCAAGACGGAUCAAACCCCCGACGAUGUCCUGAUUCUCAAGUUCGCCGACACUGCAUCUGAGCGAGACCUGAAGAUGGCAGCAGGUUGUGUUCACUGCUCGCCGGUGUUGGAUGGUGUGGGUGAUGAUGUGGAACCGAGGAUGAGUGUUGAGGCGCGGGUGAUGGCGUUCUGGUGA